AUGGCCAAAAUCUAUGCCGAGUAUCUGUCCAACAUCAAAACUCUGGCUAUCACCACAGUACUGGGAACUCCCAGGAACGACACCACUACGUUAUGGCUAUCGAACGACCGCACAAAACUUGUUCUCGAACACGAUCAUCACAGCCAUCGCAUAUUCCUACCAGCCAAGGUCCCCGGUCAAGGAACCCAACAUCUACAGCUUCCCAACACAGGCGAGCUGCAAUGUGUAAAUCGUAUAUCCGCAGAACCUAUCUUUGAUCAAGAAGAAUCUGUCAGUCUCUGGUCUGCAACUCAUCUUGACUCAGGGACGGCAGUGAACUGCAAAAACUGCGGUACUCUCGUAUCGAGCGAGAGGAUCCGUGUCUGGAAAGAUCUCCCGUCCGAAGCUUGGGCUGAGAUGAUGGACCUGUGGCAUUGCCACAAACCAGAGGAACCCGAGACCAAUUCCGACGAUGCCCCAGCACAGAAAGGUUAUGCUGCUGGCAGUAAGCUUAUAGCUCAGGUUGGUGUUGGUCUAGUCGAUGUCAUGAGUUUCCUCCUCUCAGAACACGAUUGUACUGUCGAGUACCGAUCAGUUGAGAACGACGACAACAUCCUUCAAGCUCAUUGCAAGAGUUGUGAUGCAGUCCUAGGCCAUCGUGAUGCUCAGACUGAGGGUGUACGGCUGCAGAAGCCAUACCUUGCCCUUUCAUCCAAGAAGAACAGCACCACACGAUCCUACGACGCAGCAUAUUGGUUCUCUUGCUAUCUCAAUCAAGCGAUAGAAACCCAAGGUGUGCGAAAAUUCGUCUUUUCGACCCUUCCAUAUGAGAUCUGGGUGUUCUCGACAAACCUGGCCUAUUCGUCACUGGAUUGUCCAGAUCCAAAGCAAGCAAUGAAAGUCUUGUUCAGAGCAAGACAGGGUGGUCAAAACGUCGAGACGCUCCGAGCAGCCAAUCUUCUGAUAGAGACGCUGACCCUGUCGUCAACCAUGGAGAAGUCACUAUAUCAGAUUCUACAGCGGGAGAACUCCAAGCUACCAGGGAGUUUGAGGAGUUUCAUGGGGUGGGAGGUAGCGGUGUUGCCUGUCUUGUCUAGCUCCAGCAUCAAACAAACACGAAUCUAG